ACAUUUUCGUUUUUUGUCUGCUGCAACUGUAAAUCCCUAGUCUGAGUGUAAAACUUCUGCAAAGUGCAAUAUUCAGAAACGCUCUUCAAUUCAGGCCUAUUUAAACUUUACCCUCAAACGGCAUACACAAGACAUAUGAGUGAAAAUAUUCAUUACAGAUCAUAGCACUAUUAGCACAGAAAUUGGAUCGAGGAAUGCUGUAUUUUCAAAAUGACCUGUGUGAAUUUUGCACUUUGAAAUAUCUGGGACAGAGGGUGACCUUUACUUUACCACUUACAGGUUUUGGUCAAAUAAGUGGCACCUCUAUAUCAUUUGUGAGUCGUUUUUCAUCUGUCUAAAUCUGGAACUCGAAAGCACAGAAGUUUGGAUACAUAUGCAAGCACUGUACUUCACUUUUUAAUGACUUUACUUUUAAUGUAAAUAGGGCCUUGAAAUAUCAUAGAUGAAAUAUAAUAUAUCAGUAUACAAAUACUGAUUGGGAAAACACGUGUUAAGUAUCUUUUGGGGACAGGAAAAUGGUGAUGAAACUCAUCUCAUAUAUUUGUAUAUUUUGAAUAGCAUAUUAACUUCUUCACAGUAGACCAUAGGCUAGGCUGCUAACUUCCUGGGGUCUUUCUGAGGGAUCAUGUCCCUGAGUUUGAGCACGCCCAUUAUUCAUUUCUUAUCGCGUUAUUGGAGGAACUCUUUCUCAUUUUGGGAAUUCUCUGUGAGACAAAUUUUGUCUUAUCAGCUAAAAGUUCCGGAUCAGACAUGUGUUGCUAACUGCACACAAAGAAGCUGCAAUAAUGCGGCUAAAUUGUGGUCUAAUUCAAAUAUAAAACAAAUGUCAUUUUUUGACCAGGCUGUGGAAUUUGCAUAGUAUUUGCAUUUUUUUUUUUCAAACGGUAUAGGAUUACUAAAAAAGUUUGGGCAUACUUAGUGCGUGUGUGGAGUGGCUUAUUUCAUUCCAUCCACCACUGUGCAGACUGCAGAGGUGACCGGGCAGUGUGUCUAGUGCGCGGACAAUGGCUGGUGCAUGUUUAGGUUUCGCAUGGACCCUUUUGGAUUACAAAACUGAGAAGUUUGUCAUCGCUAAAAACAAGAAAGUAGGGAUUUUGUUCCGACUCUUUCAGUUAUCAGUCAUUGGAUACCUUAUUGGGUGGGUCUUCCUGUGGAAAAAAGGCUACCAGGAGAAAGAAGGAGCAGUUCAGAGUUCUGUCUUAACAAAAUUAAAGGGAGUGACUCUGAUCAACAGCACAACAGGGCCGCAGAUCUGGGGACCAGAGGAUUAUGUCAUCCCUCCACAGGGUGAUCAAGUGUUCUUCAUUGUGACCAAUUACAUAGAAACCCCAAACCAGAGAUUGGGUCUCUGCCCUGAGAGUCAUAGGGUGCCAGAUGGUCAAUGUGAGCAGGAUGAAGAUUGCCCUGAAGGGGAAAUUGUCAGUGCUGGCCAUGGUCUUAAGAACGGGCGCUGCAUAAACACUACUGGUACCUGUGAGAUCUAUGGAUGGUGUCCUGUGGAGAAUAGUUUCAAACCCACAGAGGCCUUGCUGAGAAGAGCUGAAAACUUCACAGUCUACAUCAAAAACUUCAUCCGUUUUCCUAAAUUUGAAUUCUCCAAGUCUAAUGUCCUGAAUACUGGGAAUAGCACAUAUCUUAAAAAUUGUACGUAUGAUGAGGAUCACAAUCCUUACUGCCCCAUUUUUCGUCUUGGUGACCUCGUGAGUUGGACUGGACACACCUUCGAGGAAAUGGCUGUGUUGGGUGGGUCAGUCGGAGUUGCGAUUGAGUGGAACUGUGAUCUUGACAAAGAUUAUUCGCUGUGCAACCCUCAGUACAGUUUUGCUCGUCUGGAUGGUCACGCAGACCGCUCUGGCACAUCAGGUUACAAUUUCAGAUACACCCAGUAUUACAAAGAUGGAAGUGGGGACACCUAUCGUACCCUGUACAAAGUAUUUGGGAUUCGGAUUGACAUCAUGGUUAAUGGACAGGCAGGAAAAUUCAGCAUUAUUCCAACCGUCAUAAAUAUUGGAUCAGGCCUCGCUCUAAUGGGAGCUGGAGUGUUCCUUUGCGACAUGCUCUUAAUAUACCUGAUGCCAAAUAGUUCAUUCUACCGUGAAAAGAAAUUUGAAACUGACAAGGGUCGGGGACACAAAAAACAUCGAGACCAUAAAGACCACAAGGAUCACAAGGAUCACAAGGAUCACAAAGAUCACAAAGAUCGUAAAGAUCGCAAAGAUCACAAAGAUCGUAAAACUGCGCAUCAUAGAGAGAGACGGCACCGAAAAUGUCCGGCAGAAGAGCAGAAGCUGACUGCUGUCACAACCCAAAAUUAAACCUCCCACUCCACAGAAACAUGGAGAAGAUGAGGAAUAUUCUAUAAGGCAUGAAGAGCUGUAAUCUGCAGAGGCAAUCUCCAAAACGGAUUCCCACAUGUAGGCUCACUGGGAGAUCAUUUGAAUUUGAGACAAAUUCAUAAGUGAAAUGUGAGUAAUAUCCUGGAAAUUGCUUGAAUUUUCUGUUAACAGCUUCAUAAGAAAGCACUGAAUAACAUGAUUCUGUCUGUCUUUGUAGCAGUCAGUGCUAACUUAAGAGUUAAUGUGCUCCUUCAAACAGCUACCAGACUACUGGCAUGUCUUUACAUUUAGCCACAAAGUGGCCUUGAGUUGUAUUCAGAGUAAUCUGUUUACAACAGAUACAAUUGCAUUAGUGUGCAGCCAUAGCCAAGGGUGAAAUCAUGUAGAGAUAAAAAUGGUUCAUUGUACAGUUGUUCAUACAAAAUGCUCACAACAUGGUGAGAUUCAUGUCUAUACUAGGAUGGCUACAGGCUCAGAUCAUUUCUGCCAUUGUUUCAGAUCUUUUGAAAAGCAGUUGGUCUCAGUUUGGUAAAAUAAAUCAGCAGUUGAUAAAAAAAAAAAAAACAUUCUAAUUCACUACAACCAUAUCUGUUUGCUGACACAUACAAUAGGCAGCUUCUUGCUCUAUCGACAAUGAAGAGAAAAGAAAUGACAAGUGUCAGACAUUGCCCUUGUGCCUGAAAAAGAACUGUGGUUUUCAAGAUGUCUGUGUUACUGUUUCCAAAACAAUCUUACCUUGAAACUCCCACCCCAUGUUUUUCUUUUGACCCAUGAUGGUUACUCACACAAUAGUUUACAAAUAUUUUCACCUGACCCCAGAUUACUGCACUGACUUAUCGGCAGUGUACUUGGUUGGUGUGUUGCAAAUCCCUUAUCAACCCUCAGUUUAAGUUGUGAAUUUAGUAGGAUAAUAUUACAUUAGCACUCCUUUUCACUUAUCCCACAUUAUUGGGAGUACAAACAGAAGUCACCUUUUUUUCUGUUUGCAAAGCAAUGAACCUUUUCCUUUCCUUCAUAAAGGGUCACAUUUCAGCCUUCAAAAGUGCCAUAUGAUGAUGGCAUACAAACGUAAGACUUACAGUCCAGUUGGUACACAGGACUUGGUAGCAAUACUAGACGUCCAGGUGUGCUAUGCUCAGGCCAAUUCAAAGGGUUUCACAAUGGUGCGUUGGUGUGUGGUGUUUAGUAGGACUGUGUUUUCCAGGUCUAAUUUCUAGUUAGCAUUACUCUCUUGUAGUUUAACCUUAAUUUAUGAAAUUGUGCAAGAAGAGAGAAAUGUCCAUGUAUGUCAGAUCAUUAUUUAUUGUUUACACUUUUUUUUGUAUGGUCUUUGAUGGAACAGACCUAUUGUGGAGCAAAACAAAUGAAAUAGAAAUGCAUUAUUUUGUUUCACAAUCUGUUUGAGAAUUGCAUGGAAAGUAUCCUCAUAAAUCAUGAAUUAAAAAAAAUGAAAUAAAUAUGUACUAUUUUUA